AUGAUUACUUCAAUUGGUAGAAAUUCAACAAAAUUAUUAUUAGGUAGAAAUAAUAAUAAUAAUAAAUAUCUUUUAAGAUAUAGUUGUACAAAUAGUUUAAAUAAUAAUAGUAAUAAUAAUUAUAGUAAUAAUAAUAACAAUGAUUAUCAACAAAAACAACAACAACAAAAUAGAUAUUCAUAUACAAAAAUAAUUGGUGUAUCAUCAUUGGCAUUAUUAUUACCAAGUGUUGUAUUGUGUAAAGAGUAUUUCGAAGAUCAUGAAGAUUUCAUUGUUCAAAUUAAAACUGGUUAUCAAUACCCAAAGAAAUUGAUUAACAAAGAUAAUGAUAUUGAAUAUUCUUUUGUAAAUAUAGGUACUCGUGUAAUGUCUUUUAUGAAGAUAAAUGUAUACUCAAUGGGUGUAUAUAUAGAUGAAUUGGAAGCGAGAUUGAAAUUAGGUUCACAAGUGGAACGUGUCGAACAAUCAGAAGAGUUGACCACUCAAUCAGAGCUGGAUUUCAUUCGUACCAAAAGUGGUGAGCUUCUCGUACUUCACGACCAGCAACUUCUCAAGAAAAUCGAAAACAAUCGACUCAGCAGUGUGUUGUUUGAAUUCUACUUGGGAGACUACACAAAAGUGCCAGAAGUCCGACAAGAUUUCUUUGAACAACUCUACAAUAUCAUAAAGAAUAAGAAUGAUCGUGAUAUUACAUCCAUUGGUAUACAUUAA